CUUUCUCAUGUCUGUUUUUCUGCGAACUCACUUCGCCACUUGCUGCGAUUUCAACUCUUUGGGGAGAGUUUCGCUCCUCACUCGCCUUUUCUUCUCAUCGGGUGCUUUCUCUUCACCCGUUUGGGGAGCUGUGCUCAAGUGCCAGCUGAUGGCUUUUGUAAUGCUCGUCCUUGCUCAGAUCACUUUAACAUCCCAGCUAGAUGAAGCACGACUUUGAGGCUUUCAGGGAUCAAAGUCACUGCCCUGAACGUGUCCCCACGAGUUGGCAGCAGCAAAGGAGAUAGAGCCCUUCAGUUUGAUUGCUUGGAAUGGAAGGGGAGCAGCCAACAGGGACCGUGCCAGGCAAAAGCACCAAAACCUCCACUGCAGCCCAUGGGAAGGGCAGGGAGCCCUUGGAGGAGUCUUCCAUGGACAUGGAAGUGGAGAACGAAGGCACCAGGAAGCCUGACAAAGACCCUCCCCAAGCAACCUCGGAUGAGGUAGUGGAUAAUCGAAGUUUAGAAGAGAUUUUGGGUAGCAUCCCUCCUCCCCCACCUCCAGCAAUGACCAGUGAACCUGGUGCUCCUCGGCUCAUGAUCACUCACAUUGUAAACCAGAACUUCAAAUCCUAUGCAGGAGAGCAAACUCUGGGACCUUUUCACAAGCGUUUUUCAUGUAUUAUCGGGCCAAAUGGCAGUGGCAAAUCCAAUAUCAUUGAUUCCCUGCUUUUUGUGUUUGGCUAUCGAGCCCAAAAAAUCCGGUCCAAAAAACUCUCAGUGCUGAUCCAUAAUUCUGACGAGCACAAGGACAUCCAGAGCUGUUCUGUGGAAGUUCACUUCCAAAAAAUCACUGACAAGGAAGGAGAUGAUUACGAAGUCAUUCCUGACAGCAAAUUCUGUGUGUCUAGAACUGCCUAUAGAGAUAAUUCUUCCACCUACUGCAUCAAUGGCAAGAAAAAGACAUUCAGAGAUGUUGGGAUGCUCCUCCGAAGCCAUGGGAUUGAUCUGGAUCAUAACAGGUUCUUAAUUUUACAGGAUGAGGUUGCCAGGAAGGAAAUUCUGUCAGGCUUUUCACCUGCUCCUGUGUGGAAACAAGGUGGGAGUCACUUCCAGGGGAGUGGGGAGGAAAUGAGGGAGAGAUUUUCUUCUCCUUUGAGAUAAACCAGAAAUUCCCAAUUGUUGAGGUCUGUGCUCCUGAUGGGACAUUGGAGCUGAGGCUAUAAAUGGGAUUUUAAAUGGGAUUAGAAAUGGAAUUAUAAAAAACUCUGGGCUGCCAGCAUUGGGGGUGAAGAGAGAGUUGUUCCUGUAGGAAGUUCUGCAGAAAAACAUGAAAAAUGGGAGGAGCAAAUGAGUGACAAUUGAAUAAUUUCUUAGAACACACCAAUUAAAAAUCAACCGUUGCAGGUUGGGUUUGCCAAUUCCUGACUUAAAUUCCAAAGUGACUCUGGAUUUACACUCACUUUAUGCUCAUAUAUUAAACACAGGAAUAUCCUUAAAACUUCCAAACUUAUUUCCAGAAUGCAGAAUUGUAGUUUUGUGCAAACAGCUGAAUGUUGAGAUUUUCCUCAUCUCUAGGCAGUGGUGACGUUGUAGAUUUUUAUACAUACAUUUAUUUUUUAAUUUGACUUUAUUUCCCGCUGAGUUUUCCUGGAAAGGAAGAAUUUUUGAUGCUUUUUCCCCCUCCUGUGUAUUCACCACAUGGUAAAAAUUGAAGGAUAAAAAUAAGAUAGGACUGCAAACAUUAAAUAAUAGCAACAAUAACAUGGAAUUACAGGGAAAAAAAAUCCUGUAUUACAACAAUUUAUUAAAUUACAACAAUCUGUUGUAAUCUUCCCAGAGCUCUGUUACAGCAGGAGAAUAAUGAGAUGGGAAUAUUGGCACUCUCCAUACAUAUUCCAGAAUCCAUGGAUGCAGAAUUGGAAUUCAUGGGCAAAGCUUUGUGAGAUGAGAUAAGAUAAAUAAAUUGAAGAUCCAGAAAUUUAGAACUUAUUUUUCCCAUUCUUUACUGUACUCCUGAUUAAAAAUGAGAGCUACCACUGUGGUAAAGGGGGCCAAAAUAACCCCAAAGCCAAGUGUGAGCACAUAAAAGACAAAUAGAAAAUUGAAAUUGUGGGGAGAGGAUGAAAUCAGUGGAAGCUGCAGACAGGGAAGGGGAGACACUUGUCUCAUUUUGCUGCCUAAAGGCUUUUUGAAGAGAAAAUUGCACUUUUGGUUCCUUGUUAUCAAGAAAUUGAUGGCACAAAGCAGCCAGGAAAUAAAAAUGUAGUGAGAAAACAAAAUUCUACAACACCCAGGCUACUUUUCCUCUAAAUUUUUCCUCCCCCCUUGGCUUUUGCUGCAGUUCCAGGUUGUGUCAAGUGGAAUUGGAGCUGAAUGAGCCAAAAGCUGAACUCAGGAACAGUAACUUUGGAGUAAUGCUGAUUCUACUCAUAAGAGUAAAGAACCAAAGGGAAAGCAGGAAUUAGGCUUGGAUUUUCUCUUUUCAAUCUUUAGAAAAACAACUUCAUUAUAAACAUUUCAGGUGUGUUAAUGGGAUUUUCCUUGGAGCAAAUCCAGUGUCCUUGUGUCACUCUGGCUUUGCUUCUCGUGGUGCUGAGGAGGUUUCAGCUCCUGGAGAAGCUCUUGCAAAAUCUCUUCAUUUCCAUUUGCUUCAGUGUUUGAGAGAACUGAAACAUUGCUGUGCUCUGGAAAAUAGAGUAAAAUAUAACUUUUAUUAAGAGAAGUGUGCCCUGUGCUGGCUCGCUUCUGUCCCAAAUUCCAUUGCAAAAAGUUAAGUAAAUAAUUGAAAUUGUUGGAGUAAUUUGAAUUAAGAUGGGUUUUUUCCAUUUCUACCAGCAAAAAACAGAUUUUAGCUCUGACUGCUCUAAUCUUCCACAGAGAUUGAGUUAAGGUGGUUUUUACAACUCCAAGCACUGCUUACAUUAAAUUCCAAUUACCCAUGCAUUUAUAGUGCUAGUUCUUCACAAAUAUCCCUUAAUCUUGUGAUGCUUGAUAAAUUAUAUUGUCUUAAUCACUGCAUUCAGAUAUUAAUUCCAUUUCAUUUAUGUAAAAUAUCAUAAAAUUGCAAACUAAUUUAUGUAAUCACCUGAUUUAGAAAGCAAAUUGUACAUAUUGAUAGUACAAUAUUAAUAUUAUUACAAUAUUAAGGUGUUAUUGUUGUUAAAUAUUAAGUUACAGGAUAAUUGGAAUUGUGCUGGAACAGGUGUUAUGGUUGGAUUACAGUAAAGUUUGCUGAGACUGAAA